AGGCCCCGUGGGUCCUAUAUGUGCCCUGCAAUUUGGGGAAAAUGGAGGUGGGGUUGUGGUCUCUAUGCUGUAGCAGCCAGAAAGUCAGAAAAAAGCUGUACCUCUAGCUCUUGACAGGAUCCCAAGGUUUUCAGUGGUGGUGUCACCGCUUCCAAACUAAACCGAAAAUGGCCAUCUGCAUGCUGCCCAACCAGCACCAUGUCCAAAGGCCUGAAAAUUCUGUGUAAAGACCCUGUUUUGGAGCUGAGCUGCUGCCGGGACCAUCAGUUCAGUGGCAGUAAAUUUCAGCAGGAAAAAUUACUGAAGGAAAGCUCCACAAUGAAUAUGAGGAACCUUUCAUUUUAUACAACCGAAGAGAAAAUACAUGAGCUCUUUAGUAGAUCUGAUAUCAGGAAUAUCUUUAUGGGCCUGGAUAAAAUAAAGAAAACAGCAUGUGGCUUCUGCUUUGUAGAAUGCCAUAACAGAGCUGAUGCUGAAAAUGCCAUGCGGUUUCUAAAUGGGACCUGCCUAGAUGAAUGGAUUAUCUGCACUGAUUGGGAUAUAGGUUUUAGAGAAGGUCAACAGUAUGGUCGCGGUAAAUCUGGCGGUCAGGUAAGGGAUGAGUUUCGUGAAGAUUUUCAUUCUGGUAGAGGAGGCUUUGGAAGACAGAGUCAGAUCUAAAACAAUCCAUAGAGAAAAAGUUUUAACUCUAACCCCUUGAAAAGUGUGUUAUAGACCAACCUCAAGUCUGCAAAUAGCCAAUUUCAAGUUUAAAUUACCUUAUUAUUGAUGUAUUUUUUUCUCUGAAAAUUUAUUAAAUGGCAGAAACAAAAAAAAAAUCCAUUUGCUUUUGUCUGAAUUUUGAAGGUGUUUUCAGAUUACCAGUUUGACUGUUAGGUGGUCUAAAGUGAAGUGUUUUUCGGGAACAAAUUAGGUAUGUAAGAUCAGAGUCAACCAAAGCACAACUUCCCUUUUAAGAAGAUUUCCAUAGGAUUCUAUGGCCAUGUUCCUGCAGCCCGAAAUUAUAAUUUUUUUAAGAGCUUGCAUAAAACACAGUUAAAUAAGUGGAAAUUUUAAAAAAUUAUCAAGAGAAACACAAGCACUGUUAUUUGAAAACAUAGAAAAGUCUGGAAGAAUUUGUAAUAAAAACAAAAAUCCUCCUGCCCCACCUCUUCCUAUCCUACGCCUAUUCCCUGGAUGAUAACGCUUAAUUAUUUUUUAUUAGUUUUUGGUUUGUUUGUUUCUUUGUAGUUUCCUCCAUAUCUCCAAAUAACAUGGCUGCUUACUUUCUUUUUAAAUGCUAUCUACUGACUUCCUGCUUUCAGAGAUGAGGAUUUAGCUCACUUACACCCCCAUUUGCAGUUCUCUACUCUCCAUCCUCUCAAUGUAGUUCACAACACUUUACAGACAGUUCCUGAGUUACAAUGGCUUGGCUUACAAUGUUUUGACUUUACAAUGGUAUAAAAGUGAUAUGCAUUCAGUAGAAACCAUACUUCAGGUACCCAUACAACUAUUUCGUUUUUCACUUUCAGUAUAGUAUUCAACAAAUUGCUUGAGAUACUUAACACUUUGUUAUAAAAUAGGCUUUGGGUUAGGUGAUUUUGCCCAAGUGUAGGCUAAUGUAAAGUGUUCUGAGCACGUUUAAGGUAGGUUAUGCUAUGCUAUAUUUAAGAGGUUAGAUGCAUUAAAUGCAUUUUCAACUUAACAAUAUAUUCAAUUUACAAUGAGCCUAUCAGGAUGUAACCCCAUCAUAAGUCAAUGAGCAUCUGUACUUACUUUCUUUAUUGUUACAUAGCAU